AUGGCUCCUGUAGUCUUGCCUGCCCUCCUUCCUGUGUGUGCCUGUCUGCUGCUGGCCUCAGGCUCUGCCCAGGCAGGCAAGCUGCUGGUGGUGCCCAUGCAUGGCAGCCACUGGUUGUCCAUGCGCUCUGUGGUGGAGAAACUCAUCCACCGAGGGCAUGAGGUGGUCGCAGUUGUGCCGGAGGUGAUUUGGCAGCCGGGACGCUCACUGAACUUCACAGUGAAGAUGUACUCGACUUCUCAUACGCGAGACAAUUUGGACCAGAAGUUCAAGGAUUUUGCUGAUGCUCAGUGGAAAACUAGGGAUAACAAUAUGUUUGCUCUAGCAACAGGUUCUUCUAAAGUUUUUUUUGAUAUCACUUUUUCACGCUGUAAGAGUUUGUUUAAUGACAAAGAACUGAUAGAGUACCUACGUGAGAGUUCUUUUGAUGCAGUGUUCCUGGAUCCUUUUGACAUGUGUGGCUUAAUUGUUGCCAGGUAUUUUUCACUCCCGUCUGUGUUCUUUUCCAGAGGAGCAUUUUGCUCUAAUCUUGAAGAAGGAACCCAGUGCCCCAGUCCUCCUUCUUAUGGUCCCAGAUCGUUCCAGGGCUUAUCACACACCAUGACUUUCAGAGAGAGAGUGUGGAACCACAUUUCCUUCCUGACAGAACAUCUAUUUUGUCCCAUAUUUUUUGAAAAAGCCAUAGAAGCUGCCUCUGAGAUUCUCCAGACCCCGGUCACUACAUAUGACCUGUUCAGCCAAGUGUCGAUUUGGUUGUUGAGAACUGACUUUGUCUUGGACUUUCCCAGACCUGUGAUGCCCAACAUGGUCUACGUUGGUGGAAUCAACUGCCACCGGGGAAAGCCACUGCCGAAGGAAUUUGAAGCCUACAUCAACGCCUCUGGAGAACAUGGGAUUGUGGUUUUCUCUUUGGGAUCCAUGGUCGCAGAGAUUCCAGAGAAGAAAGCUAUGGCAAUUGCUGAGGCUCUGGGCCAAAUACCUCAGACGGUCCUGUGGCGCUACACUGGAAGUCGACCAUCAAAUCUUGCCAACAACACAAUACUUGUCAAGUGGUUACCCCAGAAUGAUCUGCUGGGUCACCCAAAGACCCGGGCAUUCAUCACACACUCUGGCUCCCAUGGCAUUUAUGAAGGAAUCUGCAAUGGCGUCCCCAUGGUCAUGAUGCCCUUGUUUGGCGACCAGAUGGACAAUGCAAAGCGCAUGGAGACCCGGGGGGCUGGCGUGACUCUGAAUGUUCUUGAAAUGACUUCUGAUGACUUAGCAAAUGCACUCAAAGCCGUCAUCAAUGACAAAAGCUACAAGGAGAACAUCAUGCGCCUCUCCAGCCUUCACAAGGACCGCCCCAUUGAGCCCCUGGACCUGGCUGUGUUCUGGGUGGAGUAUGUGAUGAGGCACAAGGGGGCGCCGCACCUGCGCCCUGCAGCCCAUGACCUCACCUGGUACCAGUACCACUCCUUGGAUGUGAUUGGCUUCCUCCUGGCCAUUGUGCUGACAGUGGCCUUCCUCAUCUUUAAAUGUUGUGCCUUUGGCUGUCGGAAAUGCUUUGGGAAGAAAGGGCGAGUUAAGAAAUCCCACAAAACCAAGGCCCAUUGAGAAGUGUGGGAAAGUAAGGGGAAAUCUUGACAUAUUCUCCAAUCAUUUAGACACUUGGAAACAAAUUCUGUAUCAAAUUCAUUUUAAGAAUAAAAUUCUUAAAAGGAAGUUCUUUGUACAAUUGGGAUCCCCAGAGCACUUUUCUUUAAAAAUAAAAAGAAUCCAAUUGCUGUACAUACUUAUGGUAAAGCACUGAAUAUACAUUUUGCUUGUCUGGUUUCUUUAAUCUGACUGCACCUGUCAGCCCUCAGAUGGAUUAUAGAGCAAAACUAACACAGUUCUUAAUUUUCUUGUUAAUAAAUGUAGACCCUUUAGGGACAUAUGUUGCAAACACCCCCUGGCUUUGGAUGACUUUUAACACUGUCAUCCAUUGUAAUACUGUGAUCAAUUCCUGUCCAGAGAUUGUUGGUCCUUACUUGUAUCCAUACUUCAUAGGGUGUCACCUGGUGUGUUUAUAGAAGGAAGUUUUCGUACCUUUAGAGUAUGCCUGAUAUGAAUAAAUGCUUGGAGUCCUUGAAAACACAUAUGGUUUCUGACCUUGGGGAAAAGAAUGAAAAGAAUGAUGCUUUAAGAUUGCUGGUGCUGUAUUUGAGAGGCUGAUCACUGCUACUUCAGAUGGAUCUGUAUUUGAUGAAAGCUAUAGAGUUGGGCAAAAAUGUUUUCUUAGAUGUUUCCCCAAAGCAAGAUUUAUUAAUAAAUUCUUACAAAUACA